GCCUUCGGGGUCACCGAAGACAUGCUGAAGCAAGUUGGUUGGAAAAAGCUGGACACAGGUGCUUGGAUGUGCUUGGAAGAACACACCGAGAAGGUCAAUGGGCCCGAACCCGGCCAUGAGGCCUGGCGGCUCCCUUGGCGAACCUCUUGGACCUGGAAUGGCGCAGACUGGAGCCUGCUAGAGGACGAGGUCCGCUGGCAAGACAAGGCCCAAGACACCCGCUUGCAACCCAACACUCGUUACCUCAGCAUAUACCAAGCCAGAUUGGAUCAGCAUGCAGAUCGGCGCAUGCAGUCUAAAGCGUCGGAAGAAGUUAUCGAAGCAGCCAAGCAGUUCCGGCGCUCCACCUGUGAGGCAUAUCAGCUUCCAGAUCCGGCGCGAAAAGGCGCACCGCCCAAGGAAGAACUCUUCAUCAAUGAAUGGGUUGGGGUUGACACAGUACAUCUUCGUGACCAUCAGAAUCAAGCUGUACCAGCCUUGAACAUCAUUGAUUUUCAUACACACUUCCAGUUGGUGAUCCCUAUGGACAAAGAAUCAGCAGCUGAAGUACGAAAAGCGUAUCGGCAGUGGGUUCGGUUCUUCGGGGCGCCCCGCAAGGUUAUGUUUGACCUGGGAACAGAGUUCAAAGCCGAGUUUCGCCGCCAGGUGGAGAACGAUGGAAGUGAGGCGUUGCCAAGUUCCCUGGAAACUCCAACUCAACGAGGCCUCACAGAACGGGCCGGCGGAGUGUUCAAGAAUAUCCUUUACAAGUCCAUGCUCGACUACCAGUGCCAAAGUCGAGAAGAGUGGAAAGAACUUGUAGACGUAGCCUGUAUGACACGAAAUAGGUUGCUUCUUCGAGGGGGUUACUCUCCCAUCCAGCGCGUGAUCGGACACACGCCUCGUCUGCCAGGUGGCCUCUUGACUGGUGGCGCAGAUGACCACACCAUGGCAGGCCGCAUUAUCACGGGAGACAGAGACGUGACUAGAUCCAUGAAGAUGAGAAAGGCGGCUGCUGUAGCGUUUCAUGAAUCGGACUGUGACCAAGCCCUGAGAGCCGCUACACUAGCUGGACCACGUAAGCUUAGCGAUUUCGAAGUUGGCCAGGCAGUCUACUUUUGGCGGAGGGUCGCUGGAAGCACAAAGAAGACGAGGCAAUCAUAUUGGACUGGGCCUGGGCGAAUCGUGAUGACAUCUCUUCCCAAUGCCAUCUGGAUCGCCUAUAGCAACACCUUGAUUAAGGACUUCGAGAAGCUUCCAAAGAAGGGGUUCGUAGACCUAACAGGAGACUAUGAGAUGCCGGGCGAACUUGAAGAUGAGCCAACGAACCACAUGAUGAUACUGAUCCUCUCCAAGACCCUGAACCAGUAUCCGGACUCCCUCCUCUACGUAGAGUACGACAGUGAAGAGCUCUUCGACCGCGACAUCGACGUCGAAGAGAAUGCCGAGAACCACGAGCGAGGAGCGGAUGCGGUCAAGUUGCAGCGAGCCAUUCUGAAAGAAAUCAACAAUAAUCUCGGCACCAGGGCAUACGAGUUGCUGAGCUCAGCCGAGUCCGAGCAGAUUCUCAGAGAGAAGCCAGAGAAAGUGACGGAGUCCAGAUACGUCUUGACAAAGAAGCCCUUGGAGCCAGCAGAGGUCGCCGGCGCUGAGAGUGAAGGGCUGUUGCUGAAUGAUGACACUCAUGGUCCUUGUAAAGCAAAGUGUCGACAUGUCAUGAAGGGAUAUUCAGAAGAAUCGGCACUGGACGUUGAAAGCACCACGCCUCAGAUCAACAGGGAUACAGUGAUCUUCAUGCUUCAAAUUCUCGCCAGUUUGGGUUGGGAUCCAGGUUUCUUGGAUUUCACACAAGCCUUUCAUUCAGGGGAUGCCAUCAAGCGCGAGCUCUACUGCAAACAGCCGAAGGAGGGCAUACCAGGCGCCAAAGCAAGUCAGUUGUUGCGACUGCUGAAAACUUGUUAUGGUCUCACAGACGGGCCUUACGCUUGGUACCAGCAUCUCGACCGAAAGCUCAGACAACUAGGACACAAGGCAAGUCAAGCAGAUCCGUGUCUGUAUUUCUUGCAUGGCGGCGCUGAUCCCGAAACCCCUGAACUUGAAGGUGUCAUCGGUGUUGCGACUGAUGACUUGUUACACGGUGGCAACGAAAGACAUUGGGCCAACAUAGCAAGCGUAGCCGCCGAGUACAAGUUAGGCAAGAACCAGAGGGGCACGGGCAGAUUCACUAAGGACAUUGAACUGCAGGCCGACGGGUCCAUCAAGGUGAGUCAGGCCUUCUACGUGAAGGAGAAGAUCCAGAUCAUAGCCCUGACCCGAAAAAGAAAGCAACAACGGCAUUCCAAGUGCACCCCCCAAGAGAUUGAAGCCUUGAGAAGUUCAUUGGGUGUUUUAUCCUGGCUGUCAAAGGAGACCCGGUGUGAUAUUGCCGGAAGAGUGGCCUUGUUGCAACAAGCCUUCCCAGAGCCCAGAGUUCAGGACCUGGUCGAAGCCAACAAGAUCAGUGAAGAGGCUCGAAAGUAUGCCCAUCUUGGCAUCAAGGUCAUGCCGAUUGCGCCGGAACGACUGCGCAUCUCGGUAGUGACGGAUGCUGCCUGGGGUAACACUAGAGAUCAGCCCUGGAUUGAAGACCAUCCCGAUGACUACUGGGAAGAAACCGAAGGAGAGUGGGUGAGGCACCACGUUCAACCAAGGCGCACGACAUUCCACCCUGGCGCGGCGCCAGGUGGACCAGACCUCCACAGCCUGGACAGGAAGAGACAGAUCUCCUUCUUCGCUCCUGAGCCCGACGGGGAGAUCAAGAGUGGCAUGGUUGAAGAUGACUGGUCCGAUGGCCAUGGAGUACGAGUUCUUCAAGACCAAUCGUGGACAGGAAGGACAGUGUUCAACAAAUGUCACGACGAGAAGAUCACCAACCAGAAGAUCCACAGCAGUCUCGCCCAACUACAGAAUCUCAGCAGCCAGGGUGGCCAGAUCAUCCUGUACCACGACCGCUCUCUUUCCGAGACGGAGCAACCGGCGAUGGCUACGGUGGCUUCGUGGAAGAGUUACCGGCUGAAGAGGAAGACGGUGGACACGCUUGCUGCGGAAGGACAAGCUCUACAAGCAGGGCUCGGCAGCAUUCACUGGCACCGAUUACUCUUCAUGGAAGCCUUUUACGGCAUGCUUUCGGCGAGUGACUGGAGAGAAGUAGCAGGUAGGUUACCUUUUCUUGCUGCAGCGGACUCCAAAUCUCUUUUUGAUGCCGUUAACAAAUGCGCGUGUACAGCUUCGUAUGUUAGCGACAAACGAACUGCCAUUGACCUUGCAGUCAUAAAGGCAGAUUUGGCACAGACAGGCGGAACCAUCCGCUGGAUCGACACAAGAUCUAUGUUAUCGGAUCCACUUACGAAGCAGCAUCCGGGAACAUAUCUAAGAUACGUUCUUGACAAAGGUUUUUGGGCAAUAGCAGAGGAAGGACAUGCUCUUCAGGCCAAGGCCCGGAAGCGGGAAGCAAGACGCUUCUCCGAGAGUAUGUUCCUAACGUUUUGGGAAUUUAAAGUGUGA